AUGAAGCUAUGCUUUGUAACUGUGGGGGCCACAGCUUCCUUUCAGAAACUACUUGAACAAAUACUUAGUUCACAAUUUCUCGAGAUUCUAGCCAAACGUGGCUAUACCCAUCUUCUUGUUCAGUAUGGCAAAGAUGGCCAGCAAGUUUUCCAAAACUUCAUCGACAGUGACCAGCCCCACCACGGUCUCACACUUGGGGGGUUCGACUUCCAGCCGAGCAUUGAUGCCCAAAUGAUGAUGACCGUGGAAAGGGAGGCCCUCAAUCAAGAGCGCGGCUUGAUCAUCUGUCACGCUGGAAGUGGGACUGUUCUGGCAGGACUUCGUUUGGGAGUGCCCUUGAUCGUGGUCCCCAAUCCAGAUCUUGCCGAUAAUCACCAGCAGGAAUUGGCUGAUGAGCUAGAGGAAGGGAACUACGUGAUUAGUAGUUCGGUCAAGGAUGUGGGCAGUGCAAUUGGCAGAGCAGAGACUCAGAAGGCUGAGGUAUUGUCUAUGCGAACAGGAAAUACAAGUCUUGCGGAAAAAAUAUUAUAUGCGCCUUCAAUCCAACUUCCGCCCCGUCAAUCCUCCGAGUCGCCCAUUCUAGGCCGAGAGGCCGUCUAUACCCGCGCUUGUCCUUCCCCGACAUCACCUCCCAUCCACACCACACUCCCCGCAAUGGCUGAAGCAACUCUUCACAACGUGCCAAUUGUCAUCGACAAUGGCAGUGGCACAAUCCGAGCAGGUUUUGCCGGAGAGGAGAUUCCAUCAUGUUAUUUCCCGUCGUUUGUCGGUCGUCCCAAGCACCCACGGGUGAUGGCCGGUGGUCUGGAAGGAGACUCGUUCAUCGGGUCCCGUGCGCAAGAACUCCGCGGACUGUUGAAGAUCAGGUAUCCUCUGGAACACGGAAUUGUCACGAAUUGGGAAGAUAUGGAAUCGAUUUGGCACUACGUCUACGAAAACGAGCUCAAGACCCUCCCCGAAGAACACCCCGUUCUGCUCACGGAGCCACCGCUGAACCCGCGCGCCCACCGUGAUAUCGCUGCCCAGCUCAUGUUCGAGGCUUUCAACGUGCCAGCUCUGUACAUGUCGAUUCAGGCUGUGUUGUCGCUUUAUGCGUCUGGUCGGACUACGGGUGUGGUCUUGGAUUCUGGUGACGGUGUCUCCCAUGCGGUGCCUGUCUUCGAGGGCUUCGCUAUUCCGAACAGUAUUCGGAGAAUCGAUGUUGCUGGUCGUGAUGUUACGGAACAGAUGCAGUUGCUGCUGCGGAAGGCUGGACAUGUGCUGCACACCAGCGCUGAGAAGGAGGUGGUGCGGAUGAUCAAGGAGAAGGUCUGCUACGUGUCGCUGGAUCCGAAGCGGGAAGAGAAGGAGUGGAUGAACAGCUACCACAAGUCUGAUGCUAAAGCGAUGGACUACGUUCUUCCGGACGGUCACAAGAUCAAGAUCGGCCAAGAACGUUACCGUGCACCUGAAAUCCUGUUCGAUCCCGAGCUCAUCGGCCUCGAGUAUCCCGGUGUGCACCAGAUCGUGCAGGACGCCAUCACUCGCACAGAUCUCGACCUGCGAAAAUCGCUAUACCUCAAUAUUGUGCUCUCUGGAGGUUCAACACUGUGCAAGAACUUCCCUGAUCGGUUGAUGCGCGAGAUUAAGAAACUAGCAGUCGAGGACAUGAAGAUCCGCAUUUCUGCGCCUGCUGAGCGCAAGUACACCACGUGGAUUGGCGGUAGCAUUCUUGCCGGCCUCAGCACGUUUAGAAAGAUGUGGGUUAGCGCAGACGAAUGGCACGAGGAUCCCGAGGUGAUCCACAAGCGAUUCGCAUAA